ACAUACCCGUUGCCCCUGUUAUAUCACUGGGGACCAAAACAUGACUGUUACAAACGCGCCUGUGCAAACAUGCUUUCAGACCGACCUGAACAUUUCGUAAAGACAGACGCAGUAGCGCAAAGCCAUGCACUCUGCGGUCCGACUCGCCGUUCUCGCCGCCACGAUCCUCCGGCUGCAGGCGCUCACUCCGGAUGAGAUCGCGCAGUUCAGGACCACGGGAACUCUAGAGGCCAACACAGGCAUUGCUGGGUGGGUUGCCGUAGAAGACACGGGCAGACAGCUCUACAUCACCAGCAACGGUGUCCCCGACCACCACACGGGCCCCUUCCCCGGUCCCGGUAACCCUAACACUAUCCAGGAGCAAAACUUCGUCCUGAAGGUCCGUAAGACACCAGUGUACGCGGACACCCCGGGAUGCCUGCCUAUGGGACCCGUCGGUCUGGCCACCAACGGCGUGCCCCUGUACAACCCGCAGAGUGCCGAGUGUGAGGAUGCCGUCAUCAACGAACGGUUUGACUCGUGCCAUGGCCACCCGGACAUGCCCGGCAGGUACCACUACCACCAGAACCCCGUCUGUGCCUACGUGCAGGAGGGCGGCAAGGCCUCGCCGCUGGUCGGCGUGGCGGCAGACGGCUUCCCCAUCUACGGCCCGGUGGACGAGACCGGCAGGACGCUGACCUCCGCUGACCUGGAUGAGUGCCAUGGGCGGGAGGUUAACGGUAGGUACCGGUACCACGUCACGGCGGACUACCCCUACAUUCUGGGCUGCUUCAAGGGCCGGGUGCUGCCGGACGCCGGGGUGGGCCGCCGCUGUGUCUGCCCCGUGAAGAGGACGGGCUACCAGCAGUCACUGCUGGGCGUGUUGCGCAGAUUGGCCAAGCAACAGAAACAGACCACACCCUAAACUUUGACUCCUGCGUAUUUUCGGACACAUAUUAACAACACUUGGACUGUACGGACACUGACGUUACAGACACAUUCCAAUACUGCAUGGACACAAACAACGGACACAUACCAACACUUAGACUUUACGGACACAUACCAACACUUAGACUUUACGGACACAUACCAACACUAAGACUUUACGGACACAUACCAACACUUAGACUUUACGGACACAUACCAACACUUAGACUUUACGGACACAUACCAACACUAAGACUUUACGGACACAUACCAACACUUAGACUUUACGGACACAUACCAACACUUAGACUUUACGGACACUUACCAACACUUAGACUUUACGGACACAUACCAACACUUAGACUUUACGGACACAUACCAACACUAAGACUUUACGGACACAUACCAACACUUAGACUUUACGGACACUUACCAACAGUAAGACUUUACGGACACUUACGAACACUAAGACUUUGCGGACACAAACAACGGACUCAUGUCUCAAUCCCGUAGCCAGGAUUUUGGUUGGGGCGUUCUUUUUAGUACUUGUUGGACCAUUGAGCACCGCAGGCGCGAGACUAGUGCCGAAGACGUGAGCUGCCUAUGCGGGGCAGGGGGCAUACUCCCCCGGAAAAUUGUGAAAUCUUGACCCUCUGAAACGCUAUUUCCUGCAUUUUGACGGGCAAAAUGUUCUGGCCAAGUUUAUUUUUUUAUCAAAAAUACACAAUUUUUAUUAAAAAGACACAAGGCUUUCGGCGUACGUCUUUGAGGGUGACCCCACCCCCCAAACAUGUCUGGCACCAUGUCUGACACCAAAGACGCGAGGCGUCGCAAUGGAGGUCCGGUGGAAAUUUUGAUAUCUGGACCCACUAAAACGCUAUUUUCUGCAAUUUCUAGGGCAAAUUUUGCUGAUAGACUCGCUUAGAGAGAAUGAAAUUUCUAUCGGUGAAAAACGUAAAUCAGUCAUGCCUUUGAAAAAUAAAUCUUGGACAUGAAAAAGCGGACCUUCGACCGUGUGAUAACCCCCCCCCCCCAUCCCCCUGACUACGGGCAUGUACAAACAGUAAGCCUUCGGACACAAAUGACGGACACAUACCAGCGCUUAGACUGUACGGACGGACACAGACUUUACUUACACUAGCGAUACUUUUAAUGUACGUAUGGACCCAGAGAUCAGUGCUAUGCAGAGUACACGAACCCAGAAUGAGAUCAUUACCUACAUUGCAAGAAACAUAUCUUUACCCUGCCAUUGGUAAUAAAAUAAAAUCAGCAUCUGGGACAUAUUUUGCAGAAAAUGUGAAGUAUUAGGUAAGAUUGCUGAAAGAACCAUUGCUCUUUAUUUGCAUGACAGCAAACGUUUGUAAAAAUUACAAGCUUGUUCAAUAAAUGACAAUAAAUGUUGAUACAAAAUAAAUACCGAAUAACGAGAAAAGCUA